AUGUCUACCACCAGCAGCACUUUCAAAAGCUCCAGCGGUGCCAAUUGCCAUCCCACCGCUUUGGAGAUCAUUCAGAACAAUGGUUUAGAAGGAAAACUCCAGGACAAAGUUAUCCUCAUCACUGGCUGCUCGUCAGGCAUCGGCAUCGACACAGCCCGUGCCCUGUCCGUCACCGGGGCUACCCUCUAUCUCACCGCGCGUGAUUUGAAGAAGGCCGAACAAGCGUUAGGGGACCUCAUCGAGAAACCCAACGUCCAUCUCCUGACCCUAAACCUCAACUCGCUGGCCAGUGUCCGAGCCUGUGCGGAAGAGUUCUUGCCCAAGAGCUCCCAAUUGAAUGUCCUGAUUAACAAUGCAGGAGUCAUGGCGACACCGGAGGGUCGGACGCAAGAUGGGUUCGAAACUCAAUUCGGUACCAAUCACUUAGGCCAUUUUACCCUUUUCUACCUGUUGAAGCCUAUCCUGCUGGCUUCCUCAACCCCGGAGUUCAACUCGCGUGUUGUCAAUGUCUCUUCCCUGGCGCAUCGUUAUGGUGAACCUGUUUUUGAUAAUAUCAAUCUGGAGGGAAUCUACGAACCGUGGAGAGCAUAUGGUCAGAGCAAGACGGCAAACAUCUGGACGGCCAAUGAGAUCGAGAGGCGAUAUGGGUCCCAGGGCCUUCAUGCUUUUAGUGUUCACCCUGGUGGCAUUAGGACUGGGCUACAGCAGUAUGUUCCCAAGGAACAGAAGGACGCAUGGGAUCAGGAUGAUGCGAUAUCGAGUGUGUGGAAAACUUCGGAGCACGGGGCUGCUACCACUGUUUGGGCGGCGGUAGCAAAGGAGUUAGAAGGAAAGGGCGGGAAAUAUCUUGAAGAUUGUCAAAUUGCAGAGAAAUACGACCCGAGCACUGGGACUGCUGGAAAGGGAUAUGCGCCGUGGGUGUAUGAUGAGGCAAAACAGGCGAAGUUGUGGGAAAUGUCAUUGAACUUGGCAGGGUUACAUGUCUAA